CGUCUGCAGCACUGCGCGACACAGCUUUCGUUGCGUCUCUUUAACAUACGCCUCCUCCCUUCGCGCUGUUGGACAUUGCAGGUUGAACGCUCCGCUCCUGAGGCACCCCUCGCCUGUGCUACUUCUCCGUCUGCAUGAAGGGCCUCGGCAUCCAAUGUCUACCUACCACGAACGGUAGCCAUUGAUCGCAGUACCCAUCAGUCCGAAUGAUCUCGACGCUUAGUUUCGGGCAUCCGCCGCCGGCAGCGCACGCUCGCCUGAGCAUUAGCUCCUCUCCACAACCCUCCAUGUCGUCCAGCAGUGACUCUCCCAUUAAUACGCCCACAUUCGACUCGAAUGUUCUCACGAAUUCAGAAACGCAGUCGGAGGCGCGGAUAGACUCGCGCUUCGGCUCGGACGAGAUCGUCCCAAAGAUCGAGGAAACCGAGCUACAACUAGCAGACGUCAAGGCCGAGCCCGCAUCCGACGAACCUCCAGUCUCGCCGACCGAACCAGUGCGACUCCGACGCGCACGAGGUCGACCGCGGAUACAUCCUCCCCGCUCGCCCACCGCCGCUUCAAAGCAAGCAAAGGCACGUUCGAAAACGGGCUGCACAACAUGUCGGAAGCGCAAAAAGAAGUGUGACGAGACCAAGCCAUUCUGUCUAUCUUGCCAGAAGAACAAUAUCCACUGCGAAGGCUAUAAACCCGUCGAAAUAUGGAGGAGCGGGAAGGAAAAGGCGGCAGAAGGUGGGCACGCCGUUUGGCGAACACGUCACAAUGCUGACAGUGGAAUAGCACGGAGAAUGAGCAUGGACAUGAAAUUCGAGCUUCCGCCGCUCAUGGAAGGAGUGGAGAAUGACCUGGACCGGCUGCUCCUGCAACAUUUCGCUGGCAGAGCUAGCGCCGUACUCAGUCUCCACGGCGACAAAUCGACCAACCCUUUCACGAGGAUACUACUGCCGAUGGCCAUGCGACAUGAAGGCUUGAUGCACUCCGUGCUGUGCCUGUCGGCGUCUCACCUCUGCUCCCUCAACCCUUCUCAGGAGUACGAGGACAGACAAGCGUUCCACCGCGGCAAGGCUUUGCACUUACUGAAUCACGACCUGCAACGGCAAAAGGCUGGCGAGGGAGGAGUCAUGGUGUACGAAGAUUCUAAUGUUGCUCAGAUAUUGCUCCACCUGCUGCACUCCAUCUGCGAUGGCAAUACCUCCGGCGAGUACAAGAUGCAUAUGAUCGCCGCCAAGCAGAUCGCCAUGAACCAAAAGCUGGCGAACCCGGAGUUCCAGAGCCUCUUCGACGAGUUCUUCUACUAUCAUUGGAUUGCGAGUCAAGUUACAUCAAUGGACAGCGCCGAGGUACCCAUGAUGGAGAAUUUCAGUCUGCCUUUCAAGAUCAACCCCGAGACGGCGGGCCUCAUCGGCGUAUCGGAUGGUCUAUUUGGAUUCAUUUCGAAGAUCAGCAACUUGCGGCGAAAACUUCGCGCCCGGAUCGACAACCAUCUGGAACCGACCAUGGACUACGAGGCUUUGAUUGCGGCUCAUGCUAUCGACACCGGUCUCCGCAGCUGGGCAUGUCCGCAGACUCCCGGCACGCCCCGCUACACGCUCUCCAUGCUAUACCGGCAAGCCACAUGGGUCUAUCUCUAUCGCACAACAAAGGAAUCACAGCCUCACCCGUACAUCAAAGCAGCCGUGGACGAUGGCAUCAAAUACAUCAACGAGCUGCCCGCAGAAGGCUGGAUUCAAAGCAACGUCCUACUACCGCUCUUCCUAAUCGGAUGCGCCGCCUUCGAGGAAGAACAACGCAUCGAAAUCAACCGCGCCUUCAGCGGGCUCAUGGCAUGCACCGGCCUGGGCAACAUCACCUUCGCGAAAGAAGUGGUCGACAGGAUAUGGGAGCUAAUGGAUGCCGGGGAUAACGAGUCCUGGGACUGGGAGAAGAUCAUCAACCAAAAAGGGUGGGAUUUCCUGGCGACAUGAACGGCACACGUCAGCUGCACACGCGCGCACACUUCUCUUUCGGUUCGCCCGGCUUUUCUGCACACCUUGCUAUUAUGGUCUUGGAAAAUUUGGAGUUUGCUUGGUGCUCUUGUUAUUUGGCUUGGGUUAUGGAGGGAUGGGGCGUUCUAACUGUUCACCC